AUGGGGCUGUUGGCGCUGCUCUUCCUGCUCCUGCUCCUGCUCCUGCUCCUGCUCCUGGCCCGUGCCCUGGGGGGCUCGGGGGGCCCCAACCCCUUCGCCGCCGAUGCCCGGCGCCCCCCGGCCCCGCUGGGCACCGACAAGGCGGUGCUGGUGCUGGAGCAGCACGGCAAGCUGGGGGGCUGCUGCCACACCUUCAGCGAGAGGGGCUUCGAGUUCGACACUGGUAUCCACUACGUGGGGGAGAUGCAGGAAGGUUCCAUCACCCACUUCGUGGUGGACCAGUUGACUGAGGGUCAACUGGAGUGGGUUCCUCUCCCGGCUGUCUACGACACUGUGGUCUUGGGGGAUCCUGGCUCUGGUAGGACCUUCCGGAUUCGUGCCGGCAAGGAGGAAUAUUUUCAGGCCUUGAAAGAGCAAUUUCCUGGGGAGGAAAAGGCCAUCGAGGAGUUCCAGCAGCUGAUGAAGACCCUGCGCAGGGGGCCCACGUGGGUGGUCGCCCUGAAGAUGGUCCCGCGCGCGGCGGCCGCGCUGCUCUGCCGCUCGGGGCUGCUGCCCCUGCUCAGCCCCUUCUGCCGCUUCGCCUCCCGCAGCCUGAAGGAGGUGGUGGAUGGUCUCACCUCCAACCAUGAGCUCUUGGCUGUCCUCAGCUACAUCUUCCCCACCUAUGGUGUGGUCCCCUCCAAGGCCAGUUUCUCCUUGCACAGCAUCCUGGUCAACCACUUCCUCCGUGGUGCCUGGUACCCCAAAGGGGGGGCGGGGGAAAUCGCCUUCCACAUCAUUCCUGUCAUCCGGAAAGCCGGAGGGGAUGUGCUGGGGAAGGCGCCGGUGCAGAGGAUCCUGCUGGAUUCCCAAGGCAAAGCCUGUGGCGUGAGCGUCCGGAAAGGCCAAGACCUGGUGAACAUCUUCGCUCCCAUCGUCAUUUCAGACGCCGGGAUCUUCAACACGUACGAGCGGCUGCUCCCCAGGGAGGUGCAGGCCCAGCCCGAGGUCCAGGCUCAGCUCCGUCUGAUGACGCACGGCGAGGGGGGCUUCACCGUCUUCGUGGGUCUCAACGGCUCCAGGGAAGAGCUGGGCUUGGAGGCCACCAACUACUUCGUGUACCAAGGGAAUGACCUGGAUGGAAUAACAAAGCGCUACCUGGCUUCUUCCAGAGAAGAAGCUGCCAAGAACAUCCCUCUCCUGUUUGUCACCUCCCCGUCAGCCAAGGACCCCACCUGGGAAAUGAGGCACCCAGGGCAGUCCACGCUGGCCGUCGUCACCUUCGCCAAGUACGAGUGGUUUGAGGAGUGGAAGGACAAGCAGGUCCAUAAACGGGGAGAUGAUUACGAGGAGCUGAAAAAGACCUUUGUGGACACGAUCAUGCAGUCUGUCUUCAAGCUAUACCCUCGCAUUGAGGACAGGAUCGAGUACCUCUCCAGUGGGACGCCCCUCACCAACCAGCACUACAUCGCCAGCCCCCGCGGGGAGUUCUAUGGUGCCGACCACGGGCUGGCCAGGCUGCAGGCCAUGGCCAUGGCCACUGUGAGGGCACAGACCCCUGUGCCCAACCUCUACCUGACAGGGCAGGAUCUGUGCCUGGGGGGCUUCACGGGAGCCCUGCAAGGGGCCCUCAUCUGCGCCAGCACCAUCCUCAACCGCAACCUCUACCUGGACGCACUGCAGCUGAAGAGGUGCCUGAAGGCCACCAAAGCUGAGAAGAAGGACUAA